AUAAACAGAAAAAAGAAAAAAGAAAAAGAAAACCAACGCUCAACGUCUCCAAAUCCCAGACCCACACCAGAUUAGCGACUCACCACAAGAUUUUCAUUUCGGGUACCGAAGUGUAUAUAUAUGGACAGGGUCUUCUCAGUCGGGGAAAUCUCAGACCAGUUCUGGUCACUGCCUCCGCCCCCUCCUCCUCCUGCUCAAACCGACGAUUCCUCUAAGAUGAACCGGAGCGAAUCUGAAUGGGCCUUCCAGCGCUUUCUCCAAGAGGCUUCUGUUGUCCCUGUUUCUGCUUCAGCCUCUGACUCCUCGCCGCAGUCUUCUUCAGCUCCUGCUGGGGACAAGAGUGACGUCGUUGAGAUGAAGGACAAUGAUAAAACGACUGCUUCAUCGUCCUUUACCAAUGGGCGAUGUACCACGCCGUUUAAUGUAGCUGCGGCUCUCGGCGCUCCUCCGAAUACUGCGGUGGGUUCCGAGGAGUACCAGGCGUUUUUGAAAAGUAAACUCAAUUUGGCUUGCGCCGCCGUUGCCCUGUCCCGGGCACCUUUUCUGAAACCUCAAGAUUCUCCUGCUAGAGCUGAUAGUGGAUCACAGGCUUCAAAUGCUUCACAAUUAGGAUCUCAUGCUGCUCCUAAAGAGGCUGGAAGUGACUUACCCUGGUCACAAGAUAUGGAUGCCAAUGGACCAGUUGGAAUCGCCUCUUUACCUAGCACACAAAAGAAAUUUGGAGCUACUUUGAAGCCAACAACAAGUGGAUCAUCAAGAGAACAGUCAGAAGAUGAUGAAAAUGAAGGAGAAACUGAAAUAACCAAGGAUAUGGACCCUACUGAUGCAAAACGAGCAAGGAGAAUGCUUUCAAAUAGAGAGUCAGCUAGACGAUCUAGACGAAGAAAACAGGCCCAUUUGACCGAUCUUGAGACACAGGUUUCUCAAUUGAGAGUUGAAAAUGCUUCUCUAUUAAAGCGUCUGUCUAACAUAAGCAAUAAGUACAAUGGGGCAGCUGUUGAUAACAGAGUUUUAAAAGCUGAUGUUGAAACAUUGAGAGCAAAGGUGAAGAUGGCUGAGGAGACAGUCAAAAGGAUUACCGGAUUGAAUCCUUUAAUCCAUGCCUUGCCUGAGAUAUCUACAAUAAGCAUGUCAUCAUUUGAUGGAAGCCCUUCUGAUACAUCAACAGAUGCUGCUGUUCCCGUCAAUGAGGAUCCAAAUCAUCACUUUUAUCAGCCUCCAAAUAACCCUAUGUCCGUUCAUGAGUCAAGAGUCAAUAAUGCUUUGGCAGACAUCUCUUCAGUUGAAAACUUGCAGCCACAUUCUGGAGCAGCGGGACUAGCAGGGAACAUGAAAGGACGAACAGCUUCCUUGCAGCGAGUAGCUAGUUUGGAGCAUUUACAGAAACAGAUCCGCAGGGGUAUAACUCCAGGGCCUCAGUCCAAUGGGGAGCAGAUAUAACAAACAGAAUGGCCUCAAGUGUGAAGGUGGUUAUACUGAAGAAUAUCGUCAAGAAGCAUUCUGUUGCAGUAUGGUUUUCACUUCAACUGUAUGUAAAAGGUUCUGUUGCAGUAUGCCAGCAGCCUGCUUUCGCUAUUGUUUCCAAGGCUGAUGCAUUUCUUAGUACGUUUAGGAGUUGCCAGAACAAGAUAUUUUUAGGUUUCAAGGGAUCAUCACAUUGUCCUAGACUCCUGGGAACCUAAUGAUUUUUUAGGGAUGUUUUUCUGCAAAAUCGCCUGGCUCAAAAGCUGUAUAACACUUAUCAUUUCAGUUAAAUCUGAGAGUAUUUUUGUUCA